AAAAGGGGACGGAGACCACGAGACCAGAAGGUCGGUAACGUUAACGGGGGGGCCCGUGAAGAUGAUGAUGUGUUUUUUCGGAGGAUUUCUGCGCCAUUGUUCCGCAACUCAGCAAACGUUCGCAGUCUGGUGUCCGCGCGGUGCGCGGGUGUGUGUUGGCUCGAGCCUGCGUCAUGGCGGCACAGACACACACCUGUCACCGAGUGCGCUAGGUUGAAACAGUCCCCUGUUAGCGGCUCGCGGCUCUUCAGACUCAAGGGGACGGACAGCCGCGUCGCGUGCUGGAGUGGGAUCCUCCAGCAGGUAAAGGCGAGACCCUGGCACGCGCAAGAGACCGUGCUUCUGUACCGGGGAGGUCAAGAGAGGUCGGUGGCCAGUUUCCGGUCUCUGUUGUCCCCCAAAGCCCGUGGGCUUUGCAGCGGAAAGACCAAGGAGACACCGGACAGUUCCCCGGUGGCGGACGGGAAUGAAGCCAGUCCGGUACCGGGACACGGGCUAUUCAAGUUCAAAGAGCUGUAUGAGAACCCGUGGACAAUUCCCAACUUUUUGUGUGUGUGUCGUAUUGUGCUUGCUCCAUUUCUGGGUCAUCUGAUCAUCCAGCAGCACUUUCACCUCAGUCUCGCUCUGUUUAUACUGGCCGGAGCUACUGACCUGUUGGAUGGUUACAUUGCCAGAACAUGGCCCACUCAGAAGUCAGCGUUGGGCAGCGCUCUCGACCCACUGGCUGAUAAGAUUCUCAUCAGUGUUUUAUAUGUCAGUCUCACCUAUGCUGAACUUAUACCAGCUCCACUGACAGCUCUAGUGAUUUCCAGAGACAUUGGUUUGAUAGCUGCUGUCUUCUGGGUCAGAUAUAAGACUGUACCUCCACCGGUGAGCCUUAGUAAGUUUUUUAACCCCUGCUACACCACAGCACAGCUCAAGCCCACACUCUUCAGCAAGGUGAACACGGCCAUCCAGCUCUUUCUGGUUGCAGCUUCUCUGGCUGCCCCUGUCUUCCAGUAUACAGACAGUGUCCUGCUGCAGUGCUUAUGGUAUGUUACAGCGGUGACUACAGCAGCGUCAGGCUAUAGCUACUGGCACUACGGCCGCAAGACUGUCCAGGUGCUAAACACCAAAUCACCAUGACAACCAGACCAGGAAGCACCUAGAAAGCAGAACAAAAGCAGCGAACAGCCACCACAUAGACACUUAUUAGCCGUGGCAAAAGUCGAACAGACAGAUGAUCGCCAGGAGCUCUGAAACUAAGUAGCUGUGACAACCAUUUAUGAGUCGCCAUGGCAAUGACACACGGAAACUGACCGAGACCGCAGAUGGUUUACUGCAACACUACAGAAACGCCUAACAUCAGCUCUGCCUCUGGACUGGCUGUGGACUAGGGACACAUGCACACAAAUAGAAACAGCAAACACAAAUAUAAACCCCCACACUCACACACACACACACACACACACUCAAACAUACACGUCAAGCAUAUGUUAUGUGAUCUGGCGAGAGCUUCUAUAUCUUCUUAGUUUUUCAAUCAAGAGGUGGAAAUGUCAACCCAAUCAUUGUCACAUGAUUGUCAGUUUUUGUAAACCAAUGAUUUGUGAUUAAAAAAGAAAAUCUGC